AUGAUCGAAACUGGAGACCAAGAACAUGUACUUGAGAAACUUCUCGCUUCGACAAAGGCCACCAAUGCAGAAUUGGUCGAAAUCCUCAGCACGGUCCGUUCGUUGAAACUCCGGGAUGCUCUGGCGACGUCGUCCCUUUCGUCCAUAGCGAGAGGCAUCCAUACGAGAAACAAUAAGCUUCUUGUGUUUAUAGACCAGUCGCUCAGGGACUUUGACUUUAACGACCACGAAUGCUUCAAGAAUUUUGUCAACCAUUUCCUACUAUGGUUCGACAACGACAACUUGACGUUGUUUCAGAAAUACAGCGAAUUGGUGACUUCGAACUUUUCCAUUGACCACGCCAGUUUUGAAGCACUUGCUGCUCCGUUGAAGAACUUUGCAAACUUUGUUCAGUUUAUCGACUUGUGCCCACAAUACUUGCGCAAUCCCUACAUCAUCGAGAAAUUGGACAAAAUCAAGGCUCAAUUAUGCGAGAUCCAAACUGCGUUUGAAAGCCAUUUCGUCUCAUCGUCAUCAUCACUGUCGCAGGAAAAUAGCAUCAAUUUCACCAACGUUCGGUCGUUUACUUGCACGAGCCGGCACGACGAUCCUCACUUGGUAUCGAGUUAUUUCACCGCUAAACAAAUUGUGCAUCGAACGGGCAACUCCAACGUCCUGCUGGACGGAGCCAAAGUUGAGUUGAUUUUGGUGGAUCUCAUUGGAGGCGGUGAUUACAACGCAUUGGCUGUUUUGAGUGUUGAUGUGCACGCGGGAGUUCAACCUGUUCGGAGCUUACUCUACCCACCGUUUAGGGUGAAUGAGUUGUCUUUGAACUACUGCUCUGAAUUUAGCAAGAUGGUGUUGAGAUCUAUCAACUUUAUGGGCAACGAUCAUCAAAGUGAGAGAUCAUUGAAUAUCGCAUUUGAAGAUCAAGAGCUCUACUGUCAAUGGGUUGCAUACCUUUCCAAAAUAUGCCCUUUGGAGAAAAACAGAUCCACAAACGGCAAUCAGUUUUUGAUCAACUCUGAAAAUUCAAGUCCCGCAAUGUCUGGCUUGGGGAUAAAUGUAAUGUCCGAUACAGACCAUAAAAACUUUAUGUCUUUGGAUGUUACUCCACCAGGACCAGUGAACGAACCCACCAAGCAACCGUUUAAAGAGCUCAUCAGUUCUCCAACCAUCUCGUGUACAAGGGUCGAUCCGGUCCCAUCACAAAGGGAAAGGGCAAGGGCAGAAUCGAUAAAAUCUUCAAUCAGUGGUGGCAAGACCGAAUCUGUUUUUUCAUCAUCAUCGGCACCACCACCACCACCACCACAACCAAAUAGCAAAGCUGAAUCCAUCAAGUCGCAAUACGAAAAAAGUCUCCCCAUCAUCAAAAAGACUAUCAACCCGUACCCAUCACCAGAUUCGAAUAAAACAUGUGACUCUGAAGAAGGAGACGAAAAACUUUUCCACAUAAUCAACAGGAGGAAGCUUUCAGAUGAUCUGAAUGGAGAAAACCGUCCAAUCUCAUCGCAAGCGGAGAUUAUGUUUGCAACUCCCGAGCCGUCGGAGUACUAUUCGCCCAGUCUCGUACCGCCAACUUCUUCAAAGGCUGUUGCAAAAACUCAAACUGGUACAUACGAAUUGUCAAAUGGGUCGGCCAUUGAUAUUGCGAAUUUUGGCAAAGGCUAUCAACCAUCCUUUUCUAGGGGUACUACUACCUCCACCACCACCACUAGCAACGGCAGUUUGACGACAGUGCAAAAAAAGUCAAAAAAGAGGUCUUUUUUCGCUUUGUUUCGAAAAUCAAAGGAAAACCCCAAUUCAUCCGCUGAGAACUUGACGGAACUUACGCCAAGAGAACUGGUUGAUGAGCCCCUGUGCUUGUCACUGGAAAUGGAGGAGCUAGCGGAGUUGGUGGAGCACGGUAGCAACACAUCAAAGCUGACCCCAAUCGCUGUACCGCAGAUAACAACAUCACGCUUCUCCUCGGAGCUGACAAUUGCCAAAACUGAGUCCUCAAUCUUUGAGCCAAAAGCUAACCAUCCCCUUGUUACUCAAGAAAAAGAGUCAGAUACUCCUCCCUCGUGUGAGCUGGACGCGUUGGAAAACAGUGAGAACAACCAAACCAAGAUGACAAGAUCGUCUUCUAAAAUACCUUCUCCCUUUGCUUUACCAUCAUCCACCUCGACGUAUUUCUUCAAGCCGCAUUUGAAUGCUUCCGCACCGAAUUUAUCUUCCCUGAGCCAACCUCCAUCAGAAAGCAAACUUGAGAUACCACAAAAAUUGAAAGAUGAAAUCAAUCUGGACUCGACCGAGGAUUUAUACAUUUCCGAGUCUUCUUCAAAGACACUCAAAAUCUCGAAAUGGAAGUCAAAGUACGGCAAGUGGGAAAUGUUGACCACGGCAGAAUUGAUCUUUGUCAAGAUCGUGCUCGACUGUGAGAGCCGCCGGUGCUGGUUUAUGGUUUUCAAAGAAGAGUACGAUGACCAAUUUCAAGAGUUUGUAGAUGUGCCAGUGUUGAUUUUAGAUGUCGAUCCGGCCAUACCCACCAAAGUGCACUCCUCGUCGGCGCUUGACUUGCAGAUCAACUCCAAAAACUCAGUAACGGGUGAGAGCAUGCUCAUCAUGAUACGAACCACGAGUGCCCUUGUGGAUGAGAUGAUCUCCAACAUGCAAGAUGCAAUCAGUUUCCUCAAUCCGAGCAAGAGCACAAGCUAUGGCUCAUUGAAUGCAUCCAAGUCGUUGACAUCGGACAAUACACUUUCAUCGUCAAUGUUGGACCAGAAUCCGAGCAAAUCGUCAACAUUCACAAGUCUCAGCUCCUACAACUCCAGCUACCACGAAAAAAGAAUCACUUCAAGCAUCAAUACCGAUGAGAUCUACAACUCAUGUAUCACAAACAACCCACGUUUGACUCGGUUUCGAGUAAUGGAGACCACAAUCAGACUUCAGAAGCAAAUGCAGUCUUAUUCUGAAAUCAAAAAUCCAUCCUCGUGGAAGAAAAUGUCGAUGUAUAAUUUGAACAUAGACAGAGUGUUUGAGCCAAUGACCCACAUUUGCCACUAUGAGUUUCAAUUGGUCAACCUCGACGAGGGCACGCAGUUCGACUGGCUUAUCUCAGACGAAAACAAGUUUAGCAUAAUCGAAAAGAUAGGACGAGCCGGACUACUCGUGAAAGUGAGUGAAGCCGAGAUAUACAUGCUUGAAUGCAAAGGCAAAAAGGAAUUCAAAAAGCUAUAUGACAUUUUUUAG